ACAAGCCCACGGCUCGUCGCCCGGCUUCUUCACCUCCCAACAUCCGCGACAGACGCAGACGCGCAGGCCCCCCCGUCCUGCCCGCCUCCCCGUUCCCAUUACCGCCUGCUUGCGCCCUGUCCUGUGCCUGUACCCUUGACUAACGGCCACCGCUGA